ACAGGCUCUUUCAGACGCGCUUCCCUCAGUCGAGUUGGAAAUGGAAGACAUGAAAGAGUGCAACUAUUGCUAGUUCGUUGAAUGGAUAGUGAGGAAGUUUUACCUUGUGCCUGUGAUUAAUAGCAUUAACUCCUUGUUGAACGUUUCCACAGUCAGUUGUCAUAUGUGCUUCAAGUCCCGGGAGAUAACGAUUAUCCCAUCGGACAAAAAACGAACACUUGGACAAUCAUCAAGGAGUUUUCCAACUAGAGCAUCAUCAAGCACCAUCACCUGCGGCUAAUAACUCCUUCAUUCACGUCCAACCACGCCACCAACCAUACCAAUGCACGGCGGGGCAAGAUAGCCACCACACGAUACGACGAUACGAGCAGUUCAUAUAUAACUCAGCCAGACUCAUCCCCCCCCUUCCCCCCCGAAACGCGACAAAUCUGCCUCCACAUGUAAGGAACGAUGACUUACUCCAUCUUACUCUAUCCACAUCGAGCUCCAGUCCGUACCCACCCAAGCGGCUCCAGUGCCCGGCUUCCUGCCCCAAGUUCAUCCAUUCACCUCUGAUAAUAUAUCCGCAGCUGACUUGGCUGUUGUUCCAGUUGCUGACCAAGUAUCUGGUAGUAGCCGAGGCGAUCUCGUCCCGCGCUCAAUCAAUCCCCCCUCCGUUGAGAGGGUUUGGAAGCAUCGGGGAGGGAGGGAGUUGUGAGUGCCCGCCUCGAACUCACCUGAGUGCGGCCGGCGGAUGAGGUUCGGCCUCGAUCCUUGUUUCCCCGUUGAGUGCGCGCUUCCGUUGGCGCCAAGAGCGCUCGUAGCUGGUUUUGGAGAUGCAUCAUUAAAAUCGGUCUCAUGUUGCAGUCGUCCAACGAGCGGAUGGUGUUCGACUAGUCCAUGGAGAGCGACGGACGAGGCUGGUGGCAACGACAUCAACAAGAAGAGUACGAGUGAACCGAAGAGUCAGUUCGGGUGUUCGUCAGUCGGUUUACUCGUGGAAAACUCGGUGGGUGAUUGCUGCUAUCAUUAGUAGCCGAGUUCUCCGAGGCAUUCUCUUGCAUAAUCCAGAGGACCUUCAUCCUCGGGUCGUGAAGUGUCGCAAGACUCUAAUAUACUAAACAUUUCAGCUGCCACCAAGGAAUUAAAAAAAAAUCUGAAGUAUCGAGGACUGGAGUGCCUUGAGGAGAGAGGAAAAAAAAACAGGAUUCUGGUGGUGAAAAACGAAGAAAAAGUGUUUUUGCGACAUAAACCGGAAUGUGAAAGAAAUCCUGCCCGCCCCGUUCCAACUUGAGUUGAAUCAAUUCCCAGCAAAGAUUGGUGCGGUGUUUUCUGGUUGAUGCAGUGUUAUUUCUCUUCCAAGACCAGCAGAGCUCAAGGCUGUCUGUGUUUCUCCCAUUGAUAGAUGAAGAAGCUGAAGCAGCAGCCUGGAAACCGGACCGGGAGGUUGCUUGAGAAUUCAGUUAACCUGGCUGAGAUUGGCAGUGAGUGAAGGCUAAAUAAAGGCCACUGGGGACGUUUUUGUCAAAACUACCCAAUCCAGUGAGGCCAAAUUUCGUCGUCCUUCAGUGAUUAUUGCCUAACCUUGGCUAGGAAGAGGACCACGCGAAAUAGUUGAGUGCCUUCCUGGCCCUCGUAUAUUUUUAGAGAGAAAAUUCUAACGACGAACUCGACGACGACGACCGGUGGCAAUCGGGCGGAAGAAAACGAAUCCAGGAACGAAAAGAAGGACGUUGAGCCGAAGGAACUCGUGGAGGGACGAAAAAACGCGAAAAAAAAAUCGUUUCUGCACCUUCAUUUGCUAUUUUCCUUCCAGCCCUUGUAUGUAUGAGAGCAAAUGAGGGAGGAAGGGAACGAGGAGGAAUGUCCCUAAGAUGUUGUCAAGGACAGAUUUAUUGGUCUUGUUCCAAGCAUAUUGCAUAUCUUUGUACAGUUGAUGGAGCACUUUGAUAUGCAAAUCCGAGGCCCCUUAUCCUCAAUGUCACAGUCUCAGAAUCGUUCCAAAAUGAUGACUUUAUGGCUCGCCAGCCUCCUUUUGACGGCAACCGUGGCCUCAGGAUUUCUAUCGGGCGAAGGGUGUCAAGGAGUACCUCAAUGCGAGUGCAAAUGGUCCGAAGGCAAGCGAAUGGCUGAUUGCUCCAGGAGAGGGUUCACGCGUAUCCCGGAUGGCCUCCCGGAAAGCAUUCAAACCCUCGUUUUGGAUGGAAACCCUUUGAGAAAGUUGGAAGGGGAUGGCUUCAAAUCUGUCGGCCUUUUGAACCUCCAAACUUUGAGUUUAAAGGGAUGCUACUUGCACUACGUGAACGAGAACGCCUUUCGCGACUUGACCAUUCUGACCCACGUGGAUCUGUCCAACAAUAAUAUCACUCAAGUGUUUCCCAAGACUUUUGACGGAAAUAAUGGUCUCAAGACCUUGAAGUUGGCUCACAAUUUUAUUGAAGCGCUCCAAUCAUACCAAUUUCCUCCUCUGAGAGCCCUCAAAACCAUUGAUCUGUCGUAUAAUGCCCUCACCAAAAUCGAUCCCUCGAGUUUCCACAACCUCGACGACUCGGUCGAGACCGUGAUGGUCAAUGAUAAUCGACUGACGUUCCUACAACCAAAAGUGUUCCUCCCCCUGACAAGUCUGAAGUCGUUGAAAAUUCACAAUAACCCGUGGACCUGUGACUGUGAACUUAAGAGUUUCAGGGACUGGUCUGUAGACAAGAAAUUGUACAGUCGACCCACAGCUUGUAAUGAGCCUUCCAGGUUGAACGGGAAAAUGUGGGACGAGAUUCAAGCCGCGGAGUUUGCCUGCAAACCCCAUCUGGAAAUUCCUUACCCACGGGUCUUUGGUGCUCCGGGAGUGGAUGCGACUUUGGCAUGCAAGAUCAAAGGUAGUCCAGUCCCCCAGGGGCGUUGGGUAGUGGAUGGGAGAAUCGUGAACAAUAAUACUCACCCCGAGCCAUUUGCUUCGCAAAUGUGGAUCUUGAAAGAGGAGCGCAUCACCUCGGAUGGAGUGUCACGGUGGUACAAUCUGACCAUCACGAAUCCGGCCAGUGAAGACUUGGGCAAGUAUCUGUGUGUGGCUGAAAACAAUGGUGGUGUGAUGGAAAAGACUGUGAUUCUGACCUUCGAAGAUCCCGCCACGUUCAGUGCUGGCAUCCCUUUGACUAGUGAGCAACUCACCAUCGUGAUAGGGGUGAGUGUGGCCUUGGUGCUUCUAUUUGUGUUGGUCCUCAUCGUGUGUUGUUGCUGCUUCUGCAAGGGACAGAAGAAGAAGGCGCUCAAGAAUAAUCGCAUGGGUAAUGGAGCAGAAAGAAAUGGAUUUGUCAACGGCUCAGACAGCCAAAAAUUGCUCCCAAAUGGCCACGGGAAUCUGACAAACCCACAAAUGAUGGCCGGUAACCACAACCAUCAUCUCAACAACCAUCACCUCCUUCACCACCAACAUCAUCAGCGUCUGCAACAGGAGCAGCAACAACAUCAUGCUCAGCAUCCACAGCAUCCACAGCAUCCUCGCCAUCUCAACAAUGACUACCAUGGCUUGCCAUCAACGGAAAUGAUGCACGAUGUGUCUUCGGGGUAUGUUCCCGGAGAAAAGUAUCAUCAUGAAGGGAUCGAGAUGCAAGAUCUUCGAGCUCCAUCAGUGAUCUCCAAUACCAAGCAAAGUACAGGGAGUAGUUCAGAUGGAGGCAGAACCACAUCCAUUAGUCGCUCGUCAUUUGCCGGUGAUGGGGACGUGAGUCAGUAUCCCGAUCUGUUGGAUCAUCAUCGAUACAAUACAUUGAUGUUGCCGCCUCAUUCUGUGUCCCCGUCGACGAGUGGGAGUGGUUCCACGGUCCCUGACCACUCUCGUCUAGCUGUGAUGCAUCAACUGAAUCCAGCCAAUCUCAUGCUCACGCCUCAGCAGCAACAUCAGUUGGCAUCCCAACUAGGGGCGUCUCCUUUCCAACGCUCUGGAACGCUUCCAUUGCCCCAUCACCAUCCUCAUCAUCCGCGAUCGGUCUCUUGUGACCAUACCAAUGCCAAUCCUCUCCCUCAUUUGUACAUGCCACCAGUGGUCCAUCAUCACCAUCAUCAUCCCAAUCAGGUUCAAACUCGCCCCGGGUACGUCACAUUACCUCGGAGGCCCCGUCAGAGUUGGUCAGUCCCAAGGGACACUCCCAGUCCACACCUGGUUCGCUUUGAUCGAGAGCCCAUUUACGACGGUAUUGGACCUCGUACCUCGGUGGAUGGGUCGUCUCGUCUGUCUCUGAACAAAACACCCACAACUCCCAAUGGGGCGCAUCAUAAUGGGACUGUUCGCACCCCUCUACCCUCUUCCACGUCAUUUUACGCCCCCAUCAAGGAGGUUCAAGAGUGUCCGCCUACGCCUAAGGUUCAACAAGCACGAAUGGCACCGAAUUUGCCCAAGUCAACUCCAAAUAUCCUGAAUUUGAAUAACAGUGAAUCCUCGGGUGCCCCACUCAAACAAUACCGAGCUCCCAAUGCCGGUUCCGAAAUGGCAAAUUCCAGUUCAGAGGCCACUUUAAUGGAGGAGAACAUUAGUGGCUAUUGUGAGCCCUUCGGAAAGGCACUCAAACCAAAGAAUGAAAAUCGCAAUUCCAUCACUUCGGCCGAGAGCGAAUUAGAUUUGGUGGUGCCUAAAGCAAGCGGAGAGAGCAGUGAGGACUUGAAUGCGAGUGGCACCUCAUCCUCCUCGCAUCAUCACCACCAUCAAAAUGGGACUCAUAAAAAUGAUAGUCUGAAUGAUAAAUCCCGAGUGAUGCCGCCGGAUUCGUCCAAUUCUGGUCCCAAGUCCUCCACGCCUCUUCGUGUGAACGGAGUCAAUGGCCACCAUCACCAACAUCAAAAUGAUGCUAGUCUUAUCCCAAAUGGUGAUGUGCUCUCGCCAGGUUUCCCUGAUCGAAACAACAAGAAGUCCAAUGGGGCUCCCAUGACCCUGCCCAAGCCCAAAGUCAAACCCGUGCCGCCCCCUAAACCCAAGAAAUCCUUUCAUGGUGACAAUGACUCAUCCAUGGCGCCGCUGAUAUCCUUCCAAGACGAGGGCAUGGAUGGCAGUGAGGUUUGACCGCUGGGACCCUAAAUAUCAUCACGUGAGGCGGGCCCCUUCCCCCCUCCCUCAAGAAAUAAUUUGUCAGGAUUUUUGGGUGAUGGCUUCCGUGCACAAUGCUCGACCCCCCUCCCCUUGACCUAUCCAUUUUUCCCUUCAAGACGAACUGCAGCCAUUGCAUCCUCAACGUGGAAGGAAAGAUUGGAACUUCGAGAGUUUUUUGGAAUUUGGCCCCCCAAUAUUGGUUUGGCGUGACGAUUAUCGGACUUCCGAGACAACCUCCUCCUGAUAGCCUUGAUGUGGGAUACCAAUGCAUUUUCUAAAAGGCUCAUGCCAAACUUCGUUUUCAAUGCCAUGUCAUCAUACGUUCUGAAUUAUUCUGAAUUACUAGGUUCCCGAUUUCUGUUCCCCACGAGUUAACGGACUGAUUCAAAUGGCAAUUUGGCUCGUUGAAAUAGUCACUCAGCCCCACGUUCCUGAAUUGGAAGCCUCCCUUUCCCCGCAUUAUCCAUUUUGUAAGCAAACAUCCUUGUUCCUGCAUUUUUUCAGAAUCUUGCGAUGGUUUUGAUUCACUUCAUGCUUAUGUUGAACGAAACAUAAACUGAAGACAAUAAAGAAUAUAUAUAUAUAUAUAUAUCUUUACAACCCGGA